UUGGCAGUUGAAUAUUGAUCAGAAAGUUUUACUAAAGCGUUGAAUAAUGAAGAAACUAGAACUGAUAACUUUGUUGCUUUCAACACUAGCUGAAAUCUCCACUCCAGUUUCCUUAUAUGCGAUAAUUAAUAAUGCAGAACACGUAAAACACGAUAAUCGUUUACCGAAAAACCUUCAACCAGUUGAACAAAUGGUCGAUGCAACUAAUCAUCUGGGCUUUAAAAUUCUCAGCUUGCAUUCCAAUUUCAACAAGAACAACAUUGCUUUCUCACCAUGUGGUUUGAUGAGCGUGUUAGUAGCACUUUACGAGGGCAGCUCAGGAAGAAGUAGAAUUGAAUUAGAAGAAGCAUUAGAAUUCCCAAACGAACGUGAUAUCAUUCGAGUCGGUGUGAGAGAUAUCCAUCGGAGAUUGCGGAGUUACUUCUACAAGAAGGAAAAUCUUUUAAGUGGUUUAAUAUUUAAUAAAGAAAACAUUACCAUCCGCCCGGAAUACGAAACUGUGUUGAGAUUUUACGGUUAUGAUUUGGAUGGUGCAAUGAAUAUGUUGACUGAAUCAAAAAUAAAUGAAACACUCAGUGACAUGAGAGACACGAUGGAGGCAACAGAAGCAACAGAUCUCGUCGACACGACUACAAUGGAAGAUGAAAUGAAGGUAGGUGAUGAAGGGGUGACGAAAAAUGAACAAGACAGAGAAACAACGACGGAAACAACAGAAUAUGACACGUCUACCUAUGAGGUUAGCAGAACGGAAGAGAAUACCAAAAUCAGUGAUGAUGAAAAUGAAGACACAACGACUGUUGCUCCAAGCCGUAAGCCCCGUGGUCGACUUGGACGUGGUCUCAAGACGGAAACACAACAACCGUAUGCAAAAGCUUCUUUAUCCAGACACUCACGAUCCUACUACGUGCUUGUCGAUGACGAUAACGAAGACGAAUUUAAUUUCGAUUCAACCUCGCCUUCGUCGUUCCUUCCUUUGGGAACGACGUCAACAGCUAUUCCUGCUUUUUCACCAAUAUCGCCUUCAAAUCCAAUGCCACCACUUCCAAAUUAUCGGCAUAACAAUCAAAAGGACUUGUUUCAAAAUGUAGAUUCCGAUACUGUCGAACAUUUCUUCUAUCUGAAUAACUACGACACAGUUCGCGUACCAUUCAAAAUCUACGAUACUGUAAUGAAAUUUGUUCGCAUAGAAACGCUUCAAGCGUCGAUUAUUGAGAUUGAUCUCGACACAGAGUAUUAUAAUUUAAUUAUAGUCAUUCCUGACCAUCCUGACGGAUUAAAUGAUCUGACUAACAAAUUGAGAUUGCAUGAGGCGAGCACAUUACGUCGAAUACGAAGUGAAAUGGAAUAUUUUUGGGUGAAGACAAUCAUUCCGAAAUUUAAUUUGAAAGGCAACACGAUACUAACGAACGAUUUACAAGCUAUGGGAGUGAAUGAUAUUUUCGAGCCAACAAAAGCGAACUUUAGUCGACUUGCUGAUGAUAUCACAUUGUACGUGAAAAAUGUUGAACAGAUGAUCAACAUCAAUAUUCGAACGCAAACAACACAACAAUUAAAAAAAACAUCAACGCUGUAUAAGCAUCCGAUUGAAGUGCCAGUGAACAUACCGUUCAUCUAUUGUGUUCUCGACAGGGAACUCGACUUGGCCAUCAUCAUGGGAAGAGUCUUAAAUCCAUUAAAUUCAAGGAUUCAGUGAAUGAAUAACAAGCACUUUAUCAAAUUAUUAGAUUACAGGCUUCGCUUUCAUUAACAUUCGAUGCGAAGCUGAGCAGAAAAACCAUUCGAUGGAGAGACUAUUAAUUAGAUCUUCGACGAUGAAACUUUUCUGUUCUUCCAUAAAUCUCAUUUCUAUGCUAAUUAGCUUGUAAAAUACGAUAAGCCAUCAGAAUAAAAUCAAUCUUACUAAAUACUUAAACGAG